AUGAAAAGACUUCUCUUAAUAUGUGUUAUUCUUUGUUGGAUAAGUUUUCCUGUUUAUCCUUUUGGUCAUUCAUUAUUACCACUUUUUUCUCUUGAUCCAUCUUAUAUAAAUAUCAAUCAUGGUUCAUAUGGUUCAGCACCAAAAUAUGUUCAUGACAAACUUCGAGAAUAUCAAUUAAAAGCUGAACGCAAUCCUGAUCGAUGGUUUCGCUUAGAUCUUCAAAUUGAAAUGGAGAAUUUACGAAAAAAAUUAAGUAAAUAUAUCAAUUGUGAUCCAGAUAAUCUUGUUAUACUUGAAAACGCAUCGGCUGGAGUAAAUUCAAUUCUUAAAUCAUUAAAAUUUCAAACAAAUGAAACUAUAUUAUAUUAUAAUAUUGCAUAUGGAAUGGUUAAAUUAACAUUACAAUAUAUUUCAACAGAAUUCUUUACUCCAGAACAAAUUAUUCAAAUAAAACUUAAUCAUCUAACUAUUCAAAAUAUAGAUUUAUUAUUAAAAAAAACUCAAGAUGUAAUAGACAAAAUAAAAAAUGUUAAACUAAUUGUUUUUGAUCAUAUUAGUUCAGUACCAGCAAUAUUAUUUGAUAUUGAAACCAUGAUAAAAUAUUUUCGUAAACAAGGGAUUUUAACACUUGUUGACGGUGCACAUGCUGUUGGUGCUAUUGAACUUAAUUUAACAAAAUUAGAUCCAGAUUUUUAUUUAUCAAAUACACAUAAAUGGUUAUAUAAUCAUCGAAGUGCUUGUUUACUUUAUGUAAAAAAAGAUUUACAAAAAUUAAUUCAUCCAAUAAUAACAUCAUUUGGUUAUUUACAAUCAUUUCAAAAUGAAUUUUUUUGGCUUGGAACAAAAGAUUAUAGUUCUUAUUUGACUAUAUCAGAUGCUUUAGAUUUUCGACNAUUUUCUAUAAUUACAUCUCAUGUAACGUACAUAUUUGCUCUGAUGCUUGAAGAAGAGAAACUUUCUGGAAUGUUCUUAUAA